GACCAAGCGGAAUCUUGGCUGUUUGCUGGCCAGUUUGUUAUUUGCCUAAUAAAGGCAAUAGUGGUGCAGAUCAGAUCCUGUUUCAUAAUGGACGAAAAUGUUUCUCCAGAAUGCAGUUCAGUUCAUCAGAAGAGAUCAGAUCCAGAGCCCAGCUGUGUGUCUAUGAGGAGUGACCGGUCUAUGGAGCAUCCAUAUCGUUUUAAGAGUGAAGAUACACUGAUUUAUCUCAGUUCAUUUCAUCACAAGAGAACAGAAGCAGAGUCCAGCCGUGUGUCUAUGAGGAGUGACACGUUUAUGAAUGAUCCAAUAAAUAUUAAGAAUGGAGAUGCACAGUUUAAUAUCAGACAAAACCUGCUGAAAACAUUCAGAUCAAAUCUGCUGAAGAAGUUUGAGUGUCUGUAUGAGGGAACAGCGGCGCAGGGAAACCCAACACUCCUGAAUGAGAUCUACACAGAGCUCUACAUCACAGAGAGUGAGAGUGGAGAGAUCAGUCAUGAGCAUGAGGUGAGACAGAUUGAGACACAGUCCAGGAGAUCAACAACAGAGGACACAGCGAUCAAAUGCAGAGACAUCUUUACACCUUUACCUGGACAAAACAAAGCCAUCAGAACUGUGCUGACGAAGGGAGUCGCUGGCAUAGGAAAAACAGUCUCUGUGCAGAAGUUCAUCCUGGACUGGGCUGAAGAGAAGGAGAAUCAGGACGUCCAGCUCAUAUUUCCACUUCCUUUCAGAGAGAUCAAUCUGAUGAAGGACAAAACACUCAGUCUGUCAGAUCUUCUUCAGCUCUUUUUCCCUCAAACUAAAGAAAUGGAAAUAUCCAGGGACGAAUAUAAAGUGCUGUUCAUCUUUGAUGGUCUGGACGAGUGUCGUCUGUCUCUGGAUUUUCAGAGUGCUGUGAGGUUGUGUGAGGUCAGUGAAUCCGCCUCAGUGGACGUGCUGCUGACGAACCUGAUUGUGGGGAAUCUGCUUCCCUCUGCUCUCAUCUGGAUCACCUCCAGACCAGCAGCAGCAGAUCUCGUCCCCUCUGAGUGUGUCCAUCGAUUGACAGAGGUACGAGGCUUCAGUGACCCUCAGAAGGAGGAAUACUUCAGCAAGAGAAUCAGUGAUCAGAGUCUGGCCAAUACAAUCAUCUCACAUCUGAAGUCCUCCAGGAGCCUCUACAUCAUGUGCCACAUCCCAGUGUUCUGCUGGAUCUCAGCCACUGUUCUGGAGAAGAUGUUGAGUGAAGCAGAGACUGCAAAGAUCCCCAAGACUCUCACUCAGAUGUACACACACUUCCUGAUCCUGCAGACCAACAUCAAACAUCAGAAGGACUAUGAGGAGAAGGUGACAGAUGAAGACAUGAUCCUCAAACUGGGGAAAGUGGCUUUUCAGCAGAUUAUGAAAGGCAAUAUAAUCUUCUAUAAGGAAGACCUGAGAGAGUGUGGCAUUGAUGAGGCAGAAGCUUCAGUUUACUCAGGAUUGUGCACUCAGAUCUUCAGAGAGGAGUUUGGCUUGUAUCAGGGGAAAGUCUUCAGCUUCGUUCAUCUGAGCAUUCAGGAACAUCUAGCGGCUCUAUAUGUGCACCUUUCCUGUAAAAACUACAACAGAAAUGAGUUUGAGGAAAUUAACAAACAGAAUUUGUGGUCUAAAGUUAAGGACUAUCUGUACUUAAAUUCCUCACAACUUGUUUCAUUAUCUGAGCUGCAUCAGCGAGCUGUAAAUGAGGCACUACGGAGUAAAAAUGGACAUCUGGAUCUUUUCCUGCGGUUUCUUCUGGGUCUGUCAGUGGAGGCUCAUCAGAUUCUCCUACAAGGACUAAUGAAACUGAACAGCAGGUCAGUCCAGAAUAAUAAAACAGUCGAGUGCAUCAAGAAGAAGAUCAGGACCAUCGACUCUCCAGAGAAAUCCAUCAAUCUGUUUCACUGUCUGAAUGAACUGGGUGAUCAUUCACUAGAGGAGGAAAUACAGCAGUAUCUGAAAUCUGGAAGAAUAAAGGGAGCCAAACUCUCUUCAUCUCAGUGGUCAGCUGUAGCUUUUGUGUUGUUGACAUCAGAGAAGAAGCUGGAGAAGUUUAAUAUUAAUAAAUUUGUUGCUGGAAACAAUAAAACUGAAAAACAGCUCAUUUUUAAGAAGAUGCUGCCUGUGAUUAGAGAAUCCAGAUCAGUUCAGUUGAGAGAUUGUGGUCUUACAGAAGAAGGAUGUGCUGCUUUGACUUCAGCUCUGAGAUCAAACCCUGAACACCUGAGAGAACUGGAUCUGUCCUGGAAUAAACUGGGAAAUUCAGUGACUCUUCUCUCUGCUGUACUGGAGGAUCCUCACUGUAAACUGGAGAAACUGAGGUUGAAUAAUUGUGGUCUCACAGAUGAAGGUUGUGCUGCUUUGACUUCAGCUCUGAGAUCAAACCCUGAACACCUGAGAGGACUGGAUCUGUCCUGGAAUAAACUGGGAGAUUCAGUGACUCUUCCCUUUGCUGUACUGGAGGAUCCUCGCUGUAAACUGGAGACACUGUGGUUGGUUAAUUGUGGUCUCACAGAUGAAGGUUGUGCUGCUUUGGCUUCAGCUCUGAGAUCAAACCCUGAACACCUGAGAGUCCUGGAUCUGUCCUGGAAUAAACUAGGAGAUUCAGUGACUCUUCUCUCUGCUGUAAUGGAGGAUCCUCGCUGUAAACUGAAGACACUGUGGUUGAGUUAUUGUGGUCUCACAGAUGAAGGUUGUGCUGCUUUGGCUUCAGCUCUGAAAUCAAACCCUGAACACCUGAGAGUCCUGGAUCUGUCUGGGAAUAAACUAUCAAAAUCCACAUUGAAGCUGCUCUUUGAUCUGAAGCACGACCCACUGAAUAAACUGAAAAUAUUACUCUUUUGUAAGUAUGUUUUUGAGCUGUAA